AUGAAGACGGUGGUGAUGAUGAUGAUGAAUGGCCCGACAGCUCGAGCGGGCACCGGGGUCUCGCCACCAUUAUGUCUGCUCGUGUGCGCUCUCAUCUUCCUCGCGCCGUGCGCCCACUCGCACCCACAGCCGUGCCAGGUGCUGAAGCGGAUCGGCCACACGGUUCGGGUCGGGGCACUGCACGUCCAGCCUCGCCUGCUCCCGGCCACUGCCGGCAGCGGUCCUGAGGACUGGGACACCGAGGGAGGCUGGACCGGGGAGCGGCGGAUGAAGUUGGAAAAACAGCUUAGAAUAAGUGCCAGUGCGCCUGGAUACGCAAACCUCAGGACUAGAGGCGCAAUUAACAACCAGCGGGGGGCCAACAGGAAUAAGAGCCAGGCGCGGCAGCGGGAGGAGAACACCUCCAAGGAGAACCGGGUGUUUGCGCCCCGGGACUCGGUCCUGCUCGCCGUGGAGGCUGUGAACCGGGCCGGUUUGCUGCCCUACAAUUUGUCCUUGGAGCUCGUCAUGGCUGUGGGGUCCGGACUCGGCGAGCUGCCCGCGUUCUCCUUCUCCUCCACGGGCAGCCCCGAGGACGAGGACCCCCUGUCCUUCUUGGAGAGCGUGUGUCACACGGUGAUCGUGCAGGGGGUCUCCGCCAUGAUCGCCUUUCCGCGGAACCGGGACGAGUUCGUUAACUUGGAGUUCGUGUCUCUGGCGCUGCGUGUGCCGAUCGUGAGCGUCGUGCAGAGGGAAUUUACGCGCCGCAGUGAGAAUCCUCUUCAUUUCCAAAUGGCGAUGCGGACCAUGGAGGCCCCGCCGUCCCGCCUCCUCUACUCCCUGCUGAUGAUGAAUGGCUGGUGGGAUAUCAGCGUUGUGCUCUGCCAGGCCUGGGACAUUAGCCACUUCCUCAACCUCAUCAAAAACAACACCCGCUUUCACCUGGGCGCUCUCGUUAACCUGUCGGCCAACACUUCCACCUUAUCAACGCCUUCAUCUCCCCCGUCCUCCUCAGGAUCGGCACCGGGUGCGGAGACGGGGACGGAGGAUUUGUCUUCAUCGACGUCUUUAACACGUUUUUCAUCCGCUGCCUCGGCCCCGGCUGCUUCAUCAUCCUCCUCCUCCAAAACGGACCAGCAGCAGGUGCUGAUGCGGCAGCUGGAGGCCCUGAGGGAACCUUCAUCCACGAGAGGGGUGGUGACAUUUGGGUGCGAUAUCCGGGAGGUGCGCCGGCUUUGGACGGUAGCCACUCGGAUUAUGCUCCCAGACUUUCAUUGGGUGUUGGGCGACCUCCAGAAUGUGGCUGAGCUGCGAACGGAGGGGUUGCCCCUGGGGCUUCUGGCCCACGGGGUCAUGGGGUCCCCUUCCCUGGAUCACUACGUCCACGACUCUUUGGAGCUGGUGGCGCGGGCGGUGGGCAGUGCGGCCCAGGAGAAUCCCGCCAUGGCCCUCAUACCCGGGACCACGAACUGUAUGGAUGUACAAGAGAGCAACGGGAGCUCCGGGGAAUAUCUGUCAAGAUUCAUAUCCAACACAACAUUCGAGGGACAGAGCGGCUUUAUAUCCAAAGAAAGUCACAGCCAGAACGUGGUCUCCGAGGCCCAUCACUACAUCUGGUCCCUCCAGCUGGACCCCCUAGGCCAGCCAACCUGGACCCGCCUGGGACGCUGGCGCAGGGGGAGAGUUCUGAUGGACCAGGGGGCCUGGCCGAGCCACGCGGGCUCCGGGGUCGGAGGCGACUGGCGCCGAUCUGCACGGCUGCACAUGCGGGUGGUGACGCUGGUGGAGCACCCGUUUGUGUUCACCCGCGAGGUGGACGGGGACGGGCUGUGUCCCGCCGGCCAGCUGUGCCUCGACCCACUGAGCAAUGAAUCUGCAGUGUUGGAGGGGCUGUUCCACAACCUCGCAGGACCCAACGGGACCGUCCCCACCGAGCUGAAGAAGUGCUGUUACGGAUACUGCGUUGACCUGCUGGAGAAGCUGGCGGAGGACAUGGGCUUCAGCUUCGACCUCUACAUCGUCGGCGAUGGGAAGUAUGGCGGGUUCAAGAACGGUCGCUGGACGGGACUGGUGGGCGACCUGCUGAGCGGCGCUGCCCAGCUGGCGGUGACUUCUUUCAGCAUCAACUCAGCCAGAAGCCAAGUCAUCGACUUCACCUCGCCCUUCUUCUCCACCAGCCUGGGAAUUCUGGUUCGCACUCGUGACACAGCCGCACCCAUCGGGGCCUUCAUGUGGCCCCUCCACUGGUCCAUGUGGCUCGGCAUCUUCGUCUCCCUCCACGUCACCGCCGUCUUCCUCACCCUGUACGAGUGGCACAGCCCGUUCGGCCUGACGCCGCGAGGACGCAACCGCCACCGGGUGUUCUCCUUCUCCUCGGCGCUCAACGUGUGCUACGCUAUCCUGUUCGGGCGAACCGUGGCCAUCAAGACGCCCAAGUGCUGGACGGGCCGGCUGCUGAUGAACCUCUGGGCCAUCUUCUGUCUGUUCUGUCUGUCCACGUACACCGCCAACCUGGCUGCUGUCAUGGUCGGGGAGAAGACCUACGAACAACUGUCAGGGAUUCACGACCCAAAGUUGCACCAUCCCUCUCAGGGAUUCCGAUUCGCCACGGUGAGGGAAAGCAGCGCGGAGGACUACCUCAAGAAAAGUUUCCCCGAGAUGCACGAGUACAUGAGGAGAUACAAUGUCCCGGCCACGCCAGGCGGCAUCCAUCAGCUCAAGGCCGACCCUCAGAGGCUGGACGCGUUCAUCAUGGACAAAGCUCUGCUGGACUACGAGGUGUCCAUCGACGCAGAGUGCAAGACACUGACAGUUGGAAAACCCUUUGCCAUCGAAGGCUACGGCAUUGGCCUCCCGCAGAACUCCCCCCUCACCUCCAACUUCUCGGAGCUUGUGAGUCAGUACAAGUCAGACGGCUUCAUGGACACACUGCAUGACAAAUGGUACAAGGUUGUGCCCUGCGGGAAGCGCAGCUUUGCUGUGACCGAGACGCUGCAGAUGGGCAUCAAGCAUUUCUCCGGUCUGUUUGUGAUGCUGUGCGUGGGCGUGGCCUUGUCUCUGGUGACCACAGUGGCAGAACACAUCGUGUUCAAGCUGGUGAUCCCGAGGGUCAAGGAGCCGCGCUUCAAGUACUGGCUGCACACGAGCCAGAGAUUACACCGGGCCCUCAACACAGUCUUCACGGACGACAAACUACCGACUGUCACCAAACCAGAGAAGAGGUGCAACGAGGGAAACAACCAGUCAGCGUCCUGGAAUCCUGCAGAGUCGUCCCACUGCAACAGGCGACGGGUCCUCACACAAGAGAUGCAGAAUGACCUGGAACACCCUCCUCCACCGCCCCCAUCACCCCUGCCUCACCAUUCUCUUCCCCUCCUGGAGAAACACAUGCCCAUAGUGACCACAUCUAACGGUCGCUCCGAUCUGUUGGGCCGAGUGAUGGGGCCCGGGCAGGGGGGCUCGGGCCAGGGGGUGGCACAGUGCCGGGGCCUGGGCACGGUGGACUGCGGCCCUGGCCUGAGUGCGGGCCGGAACCCUAUGGUGCAGGAGCUGUCGGAACUGGAGGGUCAAAUCCUCAUCAUCAAGCAGCAGCUGCAGUCAGCCAUGAGGAGGAAGAGGGAGCUAGAACAAUACCAGUCAGAAAACCAGCAAGCAAACCAGACUGCACCCAGUCCGGCCUCCACUCUCCAGUCCAACCAGUUUGUUCAGUAUACCCAGUCCCACCAACAGACUAACCAACACACAAACACGCUCCCAGAGUUCUGA